GUCCCGGCCGCGGGCUGCCCCGCCGAGGCAGGAUGUUCUCGUCCAAGUCCAACUCCGUGUCGCCGUCGCCGUCCCUGGAGCAGGCCGACUCGGACGCGCUGGACAUCAGCACCAAAGUGCAGCUCUACGGGGUGCUGUGGAAGCGGCCCUUCGGGAGGCCGUCGGCCAAGUGGUCCCGGCGGUUUUUCAUCAUCAAGGAGAGCUUUCUCCUUUACUACUCUGAGAGCGAAAAAAAGAGCUUUGAAACCAACAAAUACUUCAAUAUACAUCCUAAGGGUGUCAUCCCUUUGGGGGGCUGCCUGGUGGAGGCCAAGGAAGAGCCCAGCAUGCCCUAUGCCAUGAAGAUCUCACACCAGGACUUCCAUGGCAAUGUCCUGCUGGCCGCCGAGUCCGAGUUUGAGCAGACACAGUGGCUGGAAAUGCUGCAGGAGUCUGGGAAGGUGACCUGGAAGAAUGCCCAGCUGGGAGAAGCUAUGAUCAAAAGCCUGGAGGCCCAGGGGCUGCAGUUGGCUAAAGAAAAGCAGGAGUAUUUAGACAAACUGAUGGAAGAGACCGAAGAACUGUGCCUUCAGAGGGAGCAGAGAGAGGAACUUGAGCGCCUGAACCAGGUGCUGGAGGCCGAGAAGCAGCAGUUUGAGGAGGUGGUGCAGGAGCUGAGAGUGGAGCAGGAGCAGAUCAAGAGGGAACUAGAACUCACUGCAAGAUGCCUCAAGGGUGUGGAACAAGAGAAAAAGGAACUGAGGCAGCUCACGGAAUCUUUGCAGCAGACACUGGAGGAACUCUCCAUAGAGAAGAAGAAAACCCUGGAAAUGCUGGAGGAGGAUGAGAACCAGCUGCAGUCACUGGCCAAUCAGAGUGAGCAGCUGUCUGCCAUUGGGGGUCUCCAUAGCAACCUAAGGCAGAUUGAGGAUCGGAUUCAGCAGCUCUUGACAGAGAAGCUUCUGGCGGAGAAGCGGAUGAAGGAGAAUGAGGAGCGCUCACGGGCCCUGGAGGAGGAGCGGGAGUUCUACUCCAGCCAGUCCCGGGCGCUGCAGAACUCACUGCAGGAGCUGACAGCAGAGAAGCAGCAGGCUGAGCGGGAGCUCAAGGCUGAGGUGAAGGUCCGCAUGGACCUGGAGAGACGUCUGCGGGAGGCAGAGGGCGCUUUGCAGAGCCUGGAACAAGGGCUCAACUCCAAGGUGCGGAAUAAGGAGAAGGAGGAGAGGAUGCGGGCUGAUGUGAGCCACCUGAAAAGGUUUUUCGAGGAGUGCAUCCGGAAUGCAGAGCUGGAGGCCAAGAUGCCGGUCAUCAUGAAGAACUCGGUGUACAUUCACAAGGCGGCCACUCGCCGCAUCAAGAGCUGCCGCUUCCACCGGCGCCGGUCCAGCACCUCCUGGAAUGACAUGAAGCCGUCCCAGUCCUUCAUGACCUCCCAGCUGGAAGCCAACAACAUAGAGGAGCUAAAGGAAGUGGCCAAGCGGCUCAGCCGGGACCAGCGCUUCCGGGAAUCCAUCUACCACAUCAUGGCCACCCAGCCUGGAGCCGCUUCUGUGCUUCCCCGGGGUGGAAAGUGAUGGGCAGUCCUCCCUGCCCACAUCUGGGGUUGCAGAAGGAGGCCUAAUUCCACGGGGCUCUUCUCCAGCAGAGCGCCACCCGGAGACCAGCCUCACCCUCCAAGAACUGGGACGACAUCUCCCUGGGUCACCACCUGGACCCUGUCCUCCCCUGUGUGUCCACCCUGGGUGCUGCCCGGUUGUCAUGGUGAGAUGAGGCAGGCCCUGGCUGUGCAUGACUUUUGUUGGUCAGGGAGUGGGGUGGGGAAGCUGCCUGGCCCUGGAAGCUGCCUUUCUGGCUGAAGACCACUCUCCAGAAUCCCCAGUCUCCUCUGCAACUCUGCUCUCCUGCACCUGGUCCUCAUGCGUGAUAAAUGGCCUCACCUUCAAGGGUGGGCCCCACCUCCCACCUGAUUCUCUUCUUCCCUAGGCUUUCCUACCCUGCGUCUGGUCCUCAUAGACAUCCCUAGCCAUGGCCUCCACUCAGUCCGUGUCCUGGGAGAGGGAAGAGAAGGUUGUGCACUCCACACACUCCACACACUCGCCAGUGUCAAGGUUCCUGGGCUUGGCCCUGGCUGUGGGACCCCCGCCAGCUCCCUCCUCCUCACAUGCGUUCACCCACACGCAGUCUCGGCAACCUGCAAGAGGAGUGUGAGUCCAAAGUGACCCUCCUGGGCCCUGGCUGGGGCUGGGACCAGCAGCAGCACCACAGGCUGUCCCAGAGGACACGAGGGACAGGGCUCAGGCGUGGAAAAGGUGGCUUGGGCAGAGACAGCUGUCCCUGGCUCCAGUGGCCCUGCAGGCUUGCUGUCUCCUUCACCCAGUGAAGCAUUGCAACCAUGACCCCCAGCACAUGGGGAGCCUGGCGCUGGGAUAAACCAGUACCACUGGUGGGCUUAGUGUCAAUAGGGUUGAAGCUGUAGCACCCACCUGCAGUUUGUAUGGAGACCACCACCUUCCGGAGGCUGAGGGCCACAGGAUGUGUUCCUCACCUGUGAGUCUUCUGGGCCCAUCCUCUGAAGCCACCUGUCUGUCCAUCUCUCCAGAAAAGGGAGGUCCUGGGAUUGGGACGUUCCGGGACACUGGUGGCGUUAAAGGUACCAAUUCUCUACUCUUCAGAAAACCGAGAUUUUUCUGAUGGCUGGACUGAUGCUGUGGCUGUGGCCAAUCCCAGCAGAAGGGGCAGGUCCCUGAGCACCUGCAGCACAUUCUGUGGAUGAGGAGGGCGGCUUCCUCGGAGAACAGGCCCCAUCCGCUGCUCUGCUAGCCAAGGUGCUGGGCUGCCUUGCUCUGGGAGACCUGGAGAGGCGAAUCUUGAUAGUCCCUUCUCAGGGAUGGCAGUUACUGGAGCUGGUGGGGAGGGGGAGCACUUUGGAAUCAAUGCAUUUGAAUGUAAAUAUAAAAGCUUUAAAUAUGUAUAAACCUGUAUAACCUGGAAGACGUUUAUCUAAUAUGUAUGUAGAGUGAACUUUCAAAUGAGGAGGAAUACUUAUAAAACCAAGAUUACUGA